AUGUUGUUCACUUCAGUUGCCUUACUGGCAUGUGCCAGCUGCGUUUUGUCUCAUGGAGACCAUGCUCAUGACCAGACUCCUGUUUCUGGGCCUCACAAGUCUCUCUGGUACAAUGCCUUGCCCGGAGAUGGCGGCACCCAGGCCGACUCUGUCUUCUCUGGGAUCUCCACCUUUGGUCGUCUCCCAUAUUUCCCAUGCUUGGCCAGCGACGAGGAGAAGUUUGAUAUUGCUUUCAUUGGCGCACCAUUCGACACUGGCACCUCAUACCGACCAGGAGCUCGGUUUGGCCCAAGUGGCAUCAGACAAGGUUCUCGACGUCUCAACCUUUAUGGCGGGUAUAAUGUUCCACUGGCAGAGAAUCCGUUCAACUUCUGGGGAAAAGUCAUUGAUUGCGGUGACAUUCCAGUAACCUCAUACGACAACCACUAUGCCCUUCAACAAAUCGAGGACGGCCACAAUGCUCUGUUGAUGCGAACACCAUUCACAGCUGCCAAGGAGCCUGGUAUCAGCAAGGCUGGCAAGACUUUGCCUCGAAUUAUCACUCUGGGAGGUGACCACACCAUCACCCUACCCCUGCUGCGAUCCAUCAACAAGGCCUAUGGCCCCAUCUCCGUCAUCCACUUCGACUCGCAUCUCGACACAUGGAAGCCCAAGGUGUUUGGUGGAGCCCCCAGCAAGCAAGCCAGCAUCAACCAUGGCACAUACUACUACCACGCAAGCGAAGAAGGCCUCCUUGCCAACGACAGCUCGAUCCACGCUGGUAUUCGCACCACACUGUCCGGACCCUCGGACUACGAGAACGACGGGUACUGUGGCUUCACGCGUGUGGAGGCUCGCGAGAUCGAUGAGAUUGGCACCGAGGGCAUCAUCAAGCGCAUCAAGGAUCGUGUCGGCACCAAGAACCCCGUGUACCUGUCGAUCGAUAUCGAUACCCUCGACCCCGCCUUUGCCCCAGCUACUGGAACCCCCGAGACCGGUGGCUGGAGCACCCGUGAGCUCAGGACCAUCAUCCGUGGUCUCGAGGGAAUCAAUUUUGUCGCUGCGGAUCUCGUCGAGGUCGCUCCGGCUUAUGACACCAAUGCUGAACUCACCACCAUGGCCGCCGCCGACGUCCUGUAUGAGGUCAUGAGCGUCAUGGUCAAGAAGGGUCCUCUGACCGUCAAGGCUACUAGUGCAGAGAUUGAGCCUGCUGCUGAGUUGUAGAUGCCUCAGCAUAAAAGCUCAGAGGUAAAUUGUCGGCAUGUUGAGUUGUGCAGACUGAUGGGUAGCAUGGAGAUGUCACGACGAGUCUCAUAUUUGUCACUGGACUGUGGUGUGAAAGAAUGAAGACAUGUAGCGAAAUAGCUAUGAUAGAGGGGCAGAUUGGUAGUGAUUCUAUUCAUACCACCAAAACCAACCAUUG